CCGGGUAGAAAAAAGCAAACAUCUAAGUCACUGUGCAGCAAAGUAAACACAUCAUUACAAUGCACAAGUUAUUCAUACAUUCUUUUCACCUCAGCACAUAGGCGUAGGGAGGGAGGGGGAACACAGGGGACACCAUCCAUCUGUUAUCUGUAACUGCUAAUCCUGUUCAGCGUUGCAGGGGGCUGGAGCCUAUCCCAGUUGAGACUGGGUGAGAGGCGGGUACACCCUGGACAGGUUGCCAGACUAUCACAGGGCUGACACACAGAGACAGACAACUAUUUAUGCCUUUGAGCGAUUUAGAGUCACCAGUUAACCUACCUGUACGUCUUUGGACUGGGGGAGGAAGCUAGAGACCCUGGAGACAACCCAGGCUGACACAAGGAGAACAUGCAAAUUCCUAAUAAAAGGGCUGCAGGAGAGCGACAGGUUUGAAGUUUGUACCUCGGCACAUAUGUGUAAAUUUUGGUCGCAGGGGUGCGAGGGGACACACCUUCCCCUCAAUGUUUGGAGCUUGUGCAUUUGUCAAAAAUUUGUCAAAACAUGGAAGUAGCAGGGGACUGUUAUUUUAUUUAAACGAACUGCUAGAACGCGACUCAUAGAAUAACAGCGCCUCAUGGUAAAAAAGAUGGUGGCUGUAUAAAGUCUCAAAAGCAAUGGUUUCAAUGUGCCACAAAGCAGAAAGAAGCAAGAAGCAGGAAGUACCGUCACAUUUCUACCAUAAACCGACGCAGAAAAGGUGCAAGGUUGCUGCAUCAGAAUAAUGAGAAUGCCCCCCCCCCACAGGAACAUGUUAACACCAAGCACACUCACGGCAGUGACCAGUAACUGCUGGCAUGCAGGGAAACCUAUUCAGGCUGAAAGGGACGUUAGUGAUGGCUGUUUUGCUUUUAAAUUGUUUAAUCAUGUAAUUAUUAGACUAAUGGUCUCACUUCACAACACGGUGCUGUAUAGUUCCCGGUCUUUUCAUGUGUUCAACGUGUAUUUCCAACAAGAAAUCUCAGAUUUUACUUUACCUGGACUUUAAUAUGUGUUUCCCCCCCAAAUGUUGAAACAAAACCUACACCCUUGCCUCAGCAGCAGCCAUAAUUAGAUGAAUGAAUCAGUUCUGAGUAGAAACAAGGAGAGUCAGGUCGAGUUCAGCAGGGAGGAAAGAGCAGCUCAGGUGUCAAGGUGAGCGUGUGGGAACAGAUCAAGGUGUGAGCACUGGGGAAAUGUGUGCUCUCGUCAUCACGACAACAAUAGUUGCUCGAGCUGUAUCACACUGACUCAAACCUUCGGCUGACACAGUCGGCCCAGCUGCAGAAUGUAGCCCCGUAUGUGAAUCUGCAGGAGGGUAUGAUUUAUUUAUGUUGGGAACUGCACAGCCUGCAAGUGUACUUACAAAAAUGCAAUACAGAAAUAGUCUUAUUUUCACACUCCGAAAUAAUGCCUCAUACGCGCCAGCCCGCAUUUUAAUUAAGAUUCAGGCAGGAAUGUGAAAUGCAUGUUGGUCACUGACUGCAUGGAUCCCACAGCCAUGACGUAUGGCAUAAGUUAGAGUCUAUAUUCAGCGUGUUGUAAAUGAGGCAGUUAAUUUUCAGUUCGUGAUUUUUUUGCACCUCGUGCCUGUGAUUUCUUCCUCCACAACACAUUUACGCUCAUCACUACCUCACUCCUCAUUCCCUCCAUCUCUCCUCUUCUCAUCUUUCUUUUUGCCCCCUGUCUAUAAUUGGAUUCUAUUUUCAGGCUGCUAUAAGUGUCUGUGUCUCUUGUGUUUGUGUCUCGCACCCCAUUUUCUGUCUCUCCUCCAUCGUCACCCUCUGCUCUUAUCGCUCCCAUCGCUCUCUCCAUCUUUCUGUCGCUGUGUAAAGCCACUCCUUUUAUUCUCCUCUGCUUCUGUUUUGCCCACAAACUGUUUUGCUUUCUGCAAAACCUUCCAUUACCCUUUUUAUCCUUUUAUUUGUGACAGUUAAAUAUGAUGGACACUAAAAGCCUUAUGCGAAAUUAUGUUAGGUGAAGUAAUGCAGAGCGGAGUAAACUGCACCCUAACUGAUGUGAAUAGCUCUCUCAUGACCUAAUUCUUGUAGUCUGGGUUACACAGCGAUCUGAGAAAGAGGAGGAUAUAUUUGGGUAGUAGAAAAAAUAUAUAAAAAAGAUGAUAGAGGAUACUGUAGAGCCAGUAAAUUACAGAAAUGAUGUAUGUGUAAGUAAGUGAUGACAUCUAGAUAACAUGUGUCACACACCUACAUGUUGAUGUGGCUGCUGAAAUAUCAGUAAGAAAGGCAAUGAGCCAAUUAAACAGCAUUUUUAAAGGGGAGGAGUGGAAAAUGAGAGGCUGACAGAGGGAGGGAGUCGUACUGUAGGACUUGGUUGGCUGUUGGGAUGUCUCUAGAGGUGCAGCAUGUAUUUAAAAGACGAAAAAGACUUAGAGACAGGAAGAGAGGCUAUCAGAGAUGGAAAAAGUUGACUGACGAGUAGAGGACAUGGGGAUCUCUCAUCAGACCAAAAAACCCUCAUCAAGAAGGCCUGGAACCUGCAAAGCCACAACCCACACGCCUCGACUUGGUCACGUGGCGCAGAAUCGGGCCACACCCGUGCGGACGGUGCAUAUCCGACCACUGCCCACGCGAAACACACCCUCACGCAAACAGCAUGCUCAGACCGCGCAGACUCGCAAGGUGCACACACAUCUGACGCAGACGCACAGGGCGAGCUCACAGUCUGCACACUGCUGCCCGACGCAGCCCUAUGAGCGGUACACGGCACACAGCGAUCACUCAGGCUGCACCUUCUACUGCUAUUUCUGCUACUGCUGUUACUGCUGCUGCCUCACGUUGCUCUCUUUCUCUCUCCUCCUCCUCCUGUCUCCACCUCCCAACGCUCCUCCCUCUGCCUCCUUCUCCACUUUGUCCUCAAAUACCACUCUUCUUCCUUCCUCCUCCUCCUCCUCCCCCUCACAACCAUCAACUUCCUGUUUGGAUGAACUUUCCUGUAUCUAUCCUGAUGUCAACCUGACUUCUUCCGCUGUGUCUCCCUACUGCCCUGUGCCACCUUGUCUCAUCGCUGAUGAUUCUUUCCCUCUCUUCUACAUCCCAUCCUCUGACCUCACCACUUCUCACAAACUCACCUCCUGUUGCCACGGCUCCUCUCCUACAUCUACUUCUUCCUCCUCUUCCGUGACCUCUGACUCCGUCCUCCUUCCUCAUCAUCCUGUUCUCUGCCGGCCGUGGCCCUCUUCGCGCUCUCUUUCCUCCCUGCUCCUCUGCCCUCCCAGCUUUGGGGAUCCAGUCUUAUCGUAUGCAUCCACUUUGGAGCACAUCCCCACCCGGCCUCGGACGCUGCUGCGCCAGCAGAGCCUUCAGCAGCCUCUCAUCCACCCACCAGGCCCUGGUCUCGGCCACCCCCCCACCACAUCCCAGAGUUUGGGACAAUUGCACACAGCACCUGGACAGCCUGGGGGAGGCGGGGGUGCUGGGAGAGGAGAGGGGGGUGGCGGCAGGGGUGAGGGUGGGGGUGCAGGUACACGAGGCGGUCCCAGGGGUGCACGGGGCAGCACAGCAGGAGCAGGGGCCUCUCGCAAUAGGGGAGUUGGAGCAGGGCGCUCACGUGCCAAUCCUGGCAGCUGGGAUUACAUGAUGGACCAGAUGCGGAAUCGCGGCCUGGACGUCAAGUCCUUCCUUGAAGGGAAGAUGGUGGUCCUGGCUUUGGCCAUUGGUGUGGCUGAGCAAGAUGACUUUGCCAAUAUCCCUGACCUGCAGGAAACAGCGCAGGCAGCACCACCACAACCACCACCAGCCAAUCAGGAGCCCCCUCCUGAGAAGAGGGGCAACAAGCCAGCUAACAGCCCCAAGGGCCAACCCCCUGAUGCUGAUGGCCACUCCUCCGUAACUGACCUGGCCAACUCUCUCACUGGAGACAUGGUGAUGCUGUCUCCAGGUUCAGAGGAUGAUGACGGUGAAGGGCCAAUCAGUGAGAAGCUGGGCCGGAUCCAGUUCAGCAUAGGUUACAGCUUCCAGAACACGACCCUCACCGUCAAAGUUCUCAGGGGCCAGGAGCUCCCGGCCAAGGACUUCUCCGGCACUUCCGAUCCCUUCGUCAAAAUCUACCUGCUGCCUGACAAAAAGCACAAGCUGGAGACCAAGGUCAAGAGGAAGAACCUCAACCCCCACUGGAACGAAACCUUCCUGUUUGAGGGCUUCCCUUACGAGAAGGUGAGGGAGCGCACUCUUUACCUUCAGGUGUUGGACUACGACCGCUUCAGCAGGAAUGACCCCAUUGGAGAGGUGUCAAUCCCCCUUAACAAGGUGGAACUGGGCCAGAUAAAGACCUUCUGGAAGGAGCUCAAACCCUGCAGUGAUGGCAGUGGGAGACGAGGAGACCUGCUGGUGUCUCUCUGCUAUAAUCCCACUGCCAACACCAUCACUGUGAACAUCAUCAAAGCGCGUAAUCUCAAAGCCAUGGAUAUCGGGGGCACCUCAGAUCCAUAUGUGAAGGUGUGGCUGAUGCACAAGGACAAGCGAGUAGAGAAGAAGAAGACGGUGACGAUGAAGCGCUGUCUGAACCCCGUCUUCAACGAGUCCUUCCCCUUCGACGUGCCCGCCCAUGUGCUGAGGGAGACCACCAUCAUCAUCACCGUCAUGGACAAGGACAGGCUCAGCCGCAACGACGUUAUCGGCAAGAUCUACCUAUCGUGGAAGAGUGGACCAGCGGAGGUGAAGCACUGGAAAGACAUGCUCGCUCGGCCGCGUACUAACGUUGCCCAGUGGCACGCUCUCAAGGCCUGAUCGCACCGCCCAGCUUCCUCCAUGGCCCCUUCCCGUCUCCUACUCCCCCUCCUCCCUCCCCUCCUCCCACUCCCGUCCUUAUGCACAAGACUGACUUGCUGCCAGGCUGCGAAACACGGGUACAAUUAGCCAUCUGCUCUCUUAAACCUUUAAACUCUUUUCUCUUUUAUUUCAAAAUCUCUAUUCCUCUCUGGCUCUUCUCACCUCCUCUGUUCCCUCUCCUUCAUACGGCCGUGUCUUAGUUCCAGUGUCUCACCUACUUUGCCAAUGGUCCCCCUGUUUCUGACUGUCUGUAUGUCUGUCUGUCCUUAUGCACUUUGCCUGUGGAGGUCUGAUGUUCAGUUUCUUUGUCGACCCCUUGGUUCUGAACUGCACUGCAGCCCCUGACCCAUUAAUGGUGCCAGUCCCGUGGGAUCACAGAGAAUCUUAAGUGACGGUCUAAUCUCAUAUAAUCCUAUUGUAUGACUAUUCCAGGUACACAAUACUAUACAGUAUGUACAAUAUGUACAUAUACAUAUUAAUAUAUUAGGCGAAUAGAUUGGCAGAACUCCCCCUAUACACAUGACUAAUAUACAGUAUGUUAUCCAUAGCCUGCCUGCCUUUCCCAUCUCUCCUGUCUCUUCAUUUGUCGCCUUGUCAUCUGUCUCAAGUGUACAAUAUCCUCUCCCCAUUUCAGUGCUCCCUCCUUUUACUCAAAAGUGGUUUAAUGUUCAGCUCAAGUUGUGGAAAGCAAUCAAUACUCGGUGUGUGAUGAAUCCAGCUGAACUCAAGAUGGAGUUGUUGAUACUGCUGUCUCUUUUCUCCCUCCUCUUUUUUUUCUUUUUUCCUCUCUGUGCUCUUCUUUAUCUCCUUUUUUCCUUAUUGUUCCCUCCUUCUCUUCCUCUGGCACAAUAUUAGUGAAUCCAACCCUUUCUGGACCCCCACCCUCUUGUCGUCUGUGUGCUGUGGGUGCUGUGCUGUAGCUCCAACAAAAAUAGAGAUUAAAAAAGAAAAAAAUAAACUGAACUUUCCGGAAACUGGGAAAGCGGGAACACAAUAAACUUACGAAACGGAUCGCUCCUGAUUUUUCCAGACAAAAAGCCCUGACGUGGAGAGAGAAAAAAGAAGAUGAAAAAAAAACCAACAACAACAAAUCCCCCGUGAUAUGAUGAUGUCAUUUUUCACAGCAUCACCAACUGAGGAAAACAAUUUCAAAUCUUCCAAUUUUAAGGUGAAAACAGAAGCAAAAAGGUUGCGCUGUUUGUGCACACUUCUGUGUGUUUAUUGAUGCUAUGAAUUCUUUUUGCUGCCCUGUGCUGUUGUCUUCUGCUGAUGGGGGUCAACCUCCAGUUUUGACUGUAUGGUGUACUGCGUUAAUGUGUGCCUGCCACUGAGUGUGUGAGCGUGUGUGUGUGUGUGUGUGUGUGUGUGUGUGUGUGUGUGUGUUCACAGGAGCAACACAAUUCAGACUCGGCAGAAAUCUUCUUCUCUUUUCUCUUUCUCAUCUUGUGCUCUUCUUGCUCUUCUUACUGCCAUUGUUUCCCCCGUCCUCCUUUACUGCCCUGCCUUCUGAACGAGGGCUCAGUGAAGUUCUAUCUGCACUUUUUGAAAAUGUAAUAACAAUAAUAAUGAUGAUGACAGUUUUGAUGAUGAUUAUAGUACUGGUGAAAAUUAAGGGAGGAGUAUCUGAGAGGGUGAGCGGCAGUUGGGGAGAGGAGACGUCUGCUCUAUGAUUUCAGGGUUUGGAGAUGAGGUGGAGGACACAGAGGAUGGAUGUAGGGCUCUCAUCCUCCUCUUUUUGUUCCUCUGUUUUCCUCAGUGUACCUGUGUACAAGUGUGUGCGCAUGUGUGUUGGUGUGUCAGCUACCAGACUCCUGGUGGCAGGCUGCUAGUGUCUGAAAUGUCAGGUGAGGAUGGAGAGAUCAGGCUUGUCACACAGAGGCCAGCCAACACAGUGGUGCUGUUACACAAUGUGUUGAACAACAGGGAGCACGGUCAGAGCUCUAACCAGGAGUGUGGAUGCUCCUGCAUGAGUCUAUGAUGCUCAAUAAUUGGUGUAUAUACAUCAGACCGGCAAUACAGCAAAAUGUCAAGGCUGUGCUCCCUAUUUGGGAGAUAGAAAGCCGCAGAUCCUGUAGAUGUCAAAGCAAUUUGACGUGUGUUUUAUUAUGAUUCAGACACGCCUGUAUGCAUUUAUUUCUUGUUAGACAAACGCUUGUUUUGUAGACAUAUCUAAUAAUUGUUUUGUGACCGAGCCUGAACCUGAGCUUUCUCAGUAUCUUAAUAAAUUCAGGUUGAUCACUGUCAUGCCCCUUCAGCCUUCCCCCAUCAAAGUAGAUAUAUAACCAAACACAGUGGAUGAAUAUUGCUUCAGGGGUGGAGGAGGAUUGCAUCUGUUUGUCCUACAAAGACAACUGACAGCAGCAGAGAGGAGAACAGUGAUAGCAGCAAAAUGUUUGGCUAAUCAUGGAAAAAUCUGGUUGGAUUAACAUAGGUUGACGCCCAUAGUCUGUUGAUUUGUUAGAGGCUAGAGAGGAGCAGUGAGAAUUGUGAAUAAUACAAGAGCGUAAAGAGAGUCUUCCUGACUGAACAUUCGCUAAACCUAAUUAGAUUUAAUCACCAGGUAUCAUUAGCCUAAGUGUUUUCUAUGAUAGCAUUGACUGUAUAAAAUAUUGGACUUAAGUACAGUGAUGUCACCCACUGGCUUGUGGAGUUGUUUUGAAGCCUCGAGAUUGGCAUUUUGUUCAUCGCCAUCUUGUUUUUUUGGAGUCAGAAGUAACCAUAUUUGGUGACAGGCUGGAGCUGUGGAGGAGCAAGGGGAGGAUCUGACUGAGAAGCCGAGGAAACUAUCAGCAGAAAGUUUGUCACUCAGAGCGGCCCACCUUUAUGAUGUGUAACUUUAAGCAUUAAUAAAAUGUAAACUGGUGACUUGUAUAGAAAUUCGGUCCCUGUGCAGUUGCGAUGAACAGGGAUAUUAGCUAAAAAGACCAAAACCAGGCUGUAAAUGUUUAUGUCUGCUGUAAAGUUGGAGGUCUGCAGGGAUUGACUGGCUUCUGGAGCCAGCCUCAAGCAGCCGUUCAAAUAACUGCAGUUUGUGGCUUCACUUUUUAGCCCUGGAGGUUGUCAUUUGGUAAAUAGUCAACAGUUUGAUCCAGGCUGAGAUUUACUUGGAGACCAUACUGUAUGACUGUAUUGCAGUAGCUGUCCCUAACAAGCAUUAUUUAGCGGUUUAUCACACUGACAAUAUUCAAGAGUCUUAUUGUUCCUCCGAUCUCAGUAUAAACAUCUUGGUUAACUCCUUACACAACAGCUAAUCCGCAUUUCCUGUUUCUUUAUGACAGCAUUUCUUUCCUCCAAAAGUGGACACCGAGUUGGUGAUGAUGUGGUGUCGCUGUUUUAUCAAAAUGCGCUCCCCCUUCAAAAAGUGUUUAACUUCUGUUAAUGCAUAGCGCCCCACUUGGUGGUUAAGGUUAGAGCAAAGGGUUUGGUUCAGGCUUAGUUUAGGGGAAGACACAUAUCCCGAGUAAACAGUCUUUGAAACAAUACCUGUCUGGUCUCGAGCUUAGAGCCAAAGCCCGAGCUGCUAUCUUCUAUCUUUUUUAUGACUUGGCAGGGAAAUGAUUCAGAGAUCCGUGUUUUUGGAUUUAUUGUCAAUGUAACCAGCUACACAGCUGCUCUUCGGCUUUCUUUAUUAAUUCAAACCGGUUUGUUUAAAGUGGAGAUUUUGAGACAUGUUUUAACUGCCUUUAUGUAUGCUGUUGCUGUCUAUGCAGAACGCUAGAUUGUUUUCCCCUAAAAGGGGCGUGGUGAUGAGAGCCUCUGGAUGAUGUAUUGCCGAUUUGAUGUAUCUGGAAACAGUGAGACAGGUGUGCAAGAAAAAUUAGAUAACGAGGCCGUCUUUAAGUUUCUGUCAUUGUUCACAGAAACUAUAAACGACGGUGUAUCACAGACAGUUGUUGUGAUAUUAGAUGAUGGUCCGGUCUGCUGCUGUGCGAUACUGUAGAACCAGAUUAGACGUCUCUUCCCUGAGUGCUUGAGAGCACCACAGAGUGUACCGGUAGAUGCUCUGCUUGUCGGGCACAUUCAGCUCAGCUCACUGUUUCUGUAACGUAAAUAAAACAAAGCAGCAACAUGAAUACUUCAACCAUUAAGAGCUGCUCACACAGACGUCUACUCUUCCUUAGUGUACACUCAACGGUAACAGUCUGUCUGUCUGUCUGUGUUUUCACAUUCAUGAAGUCCUCUGAAGCAUAAUCCUGUCAGCUAUUCUGGAUAUGUUGUUAACUGGGGCGGCUUAGUUUUUAUGUCUAAAUGAGCAUCCACCUUUCAAUCAUCGCUCGUGUUAGACUGACUUAGCAAGCAAAUAUAAUCAGUUGUUUGUUUUGGAGUUGAGGCAUCACUGCUUCCUUUGUAGUUCCUGCUAACUCUGGCCCCAUUAAAAUCCUUUCUUAAAACAGUGAGAGCCCUGCCAUGGGUUUUAUUUUCUCUUAGUAUCUUGUGCUUUUGUGCUUGUUUUGAUAUGUCAUAACAAUAACCUGAUCACCAGGAGAGAGAUUGUGUAACUGUAGUCUAACGUGCACCAGGUUCGUCCUGGUCUUUUGUUUCUAUAAGCCGGUCCGGGCAGCACACUGUGUGCUGUGAGUGUGUUCUGGACAGUGUGUCUUGUGAGACUCGGUGCUGGCUGCUGCGAUGCACUGAUCCAGUCCAGCACCCUUCAGAACAAUUGGCCAGCCGUGGAACAGGGCCCACUGUUUUGACAGCCACUGCCUGCAGUGUCACAGCACAUUACACUCCCAUUAGGUGGUCAGAAAGGAGCAAUAUCUGCUUUCUUGGACCUGUGGGACUCGCUAUUUGCGAAGGUAAUACUGGCCAAGAAUAAAACCAAAACUAUGGAGCGCUCUCAUUAGUAAGAGGAUGAUGGACAGGGGUAAAGGCUCGUCAGUCAAAACGAGGGAAAUAAUCAGUAGGCUGUACGAAGCUGUGAAAACCAAAUGUGGUUUGAAUGUGCAGGUGUGCAGGUGAUGAGUCAACACAAUACUUCUGCUAUUUCCUUUCACCAAGAUUACAAGUAGCUGUGAUAAAUUGCCAUGCUACGAGGCUUUACAAAGCUUAGUCAUCAGUGACCCUGUAAACUGGGGGAUAUGGCUUUAUUUUUAGUAACAUGAGGCACAGUGUGAUGUCGCUGAUCCUCGAAGGUAGACUGGAGGGCUGCAGGAUUUUACUGAGUGCUUCGGAGUACAGACCUCUUGCUCGAUAGUUCUACUUUUAAAAAGUUAAAUAGGACGGUCAUCAAAUAAUUAGCCUGUGACUGGACAAAGACAAGAGGUUACUGAGCUAAAUGGAACAGUCAAAUGCUAGAAAAUGUGUUUCUUUGUCAUUUUAUUACCCAUUGUGUUUAGCUGACAUUGGCCUCACCCAGACCCCAGUGCUGUGUAUGUAAAAAGACUAAUAACGGCAAAAUUAACCAUUUGUUCUCCUUUUAAAGUGGCUAAUUUAUCUUUUAACAAUACCAAUGUAUCAAAUGAAUGAAUGUGAAAGUGGCCACACACACAUAGAGAAUUCAGCUGAAUCUGCAGCUCUCCUCGGCUUUACAGAGCUUUUUAGUGAGUUUCAGCUCAUUGUUUAGCUAUCCGGCCCACAGCUUCAUUGUCUUGGCUCACUCUCACCGCUCUUAUAACUUUAUUUUCAGUGGCUUCAGGCAGCUGAUUUAAGUGGAAAAGCUCUAAAGACCCACCGCGCACUACCUGCUCAGCAGCAAACAGCAGACAGACACAGUUAGUGUCUAGCUGGUGAACAUAGUGGAGCAUUUAGCAGCUAAAGAGCCAGAUAUUUCCCUCAGGAGCUGGUAGAGACCAAAAACAGAUAAAAGAGAGUGAAUAUUGGACUCACAUUCAUCGAGUGGACAGAAACGUAACUCCAAAUGAAUGACAUCUACUUUCAUAACUGCAACUGUUUGCUGACAAGUUUGUCAUAUCAAAAAUGAAAAUGUGAUGAUAUGUCAGUUAGGCUUGGGCAGUAUCGAGGUAUUAUGGUAUACCAGGAUAUAAGUAUAACCCCCAAGAUAUGAUUUUCAAUACCGUCAAAAGUUCAGAUGUUCCUUUGUCUAUUAAACUGAUACAGAGAUGCUGUAUUGAGGCGAGGUAGUGCACAGCACACGCCACCAGGGGUCAGUCUGUACCAGUGGAAAAGGCAGCUGAGCUGAGAAAGAUGGCGAAUGUAAGUGUUGGGGAGAAUGUUACAGGACUAGUGAAAAAGAAAAAUGCCUCUGCCUCUGUUUGGGAGUGUUGCCUCAUGUAACUUUAUCUUGAGAUGACUUCUUCCCACUACAAAAUGAUUUUAUUAAACACAUCAUCUUUGUUCAAUCCACAGAUGUAUCAGUAUCCGCCACGGCAACAAGUUCCAUCAGGUCCUCCAGCAAAAAGGGUGCUUAUUUCCUAUGUAUUCAUUUUUUGGUGGGCUGUAGUAUUCAAACUAGGGGUGUAACGGUACACAAAAAUCUCGGUUCGGUACGUACCUCGGUACACAAGUCACAGUUCGUUUUUUUUUUUCGUUACAGUAAUGAAAAAAAAUAAAUAUCUAAUAUAUAAUAAUAUAUAUAAUAUAUAAUAAGUAAAAUAUCUUUUACUUAUUGGUAACCUUAUUAAAACAUACCACCACAGCAGUUAACUCUUUUUUACACAAUUUUUGAAUGAAACAAAUAUAUAUAAAAUCCUGCUUUUUCACAUUGUUUGAAUGAAAAUAAGAAAAAUAAAAUCCUGCUGGUUUUUUUAACACAUUUUUUGAAUGAAAAAUAUAAAUAUAAAUUUCUGCUUAAACAGUUUUACACAAUUAAAAUAAAAAGUAUAGUGCAGCUGGUCAGCUUUAAAGCCUGCUCAGAUUCAGUUUUACUAGGAACUUACUUAGCUUUCCCACUUUGUUAAAGUGCAGUAAACAAAACGUGCUUAUAUCUAAAGUGCAGCUUAAACAAUUUUACUCAACUCCAGUGGCGUUGAUUAUUUCUUUAGCGCGAUGGUCAGGGAAACGCUCUCUCUUUUUAAACGACGACGAUAUCGUAGUUUGCACCAGAUUGCUUUUUCUAGUCUUGCCGGUUAACGUUCAGACUCGGGUGGUGUCGCUUUAGAUGCGUUAGCAUGUUAGACGUGUUUCCAAGUACAUACCCGACCGCUGUUCUGCAGUGUCAGCACACUGCUUUUGUCUUGUCCACUUGUUUAUUUCCAUCUUCGUAUUUUACCCUGAAACCAAAGUGUUCCCAAACGGAGGACUUAAGGUUUGCGGGUGGAUCUUCAGGUUCGUCAGGCUCACUUGCCAUGUUGUCAGAAUGCGAGAAUGUGCUGCACAAAGUGAAGGCGGAGAUUUACGGUCGGACUCGGUCCGUCACUCAAUUAUGUCCGUUGGGGAACUAGAUAUUUUAAAUGGUUCGGCUCACAAAAACGGAAUUAAAAUAAAACAAAAUAAAAUAAUAUCCUGCGCUCAAUAAUUCGGUACAGGGUCGUGCCGAACCAAAAGUCACGUACCGAACGGUUCGACACAAAUACAUGUACCGUUAUGGCCCUAAUUCAAACCCAACAGGACUUUUUGUCUAGCAUCUAGCAUUGUGGGCUAGAUUUUGACAUAUAACAUACAUGCUACAAUGACUUUUGUCACAAGUAGCUCAGCUUUUACUUUUUUUUUUUUUUACACAAAUACCAUCAUAUAUCAUAUAACCUGGUGAAAUAUCAGGAAGGUAGGAAGGUAUGAAAAUACAGAUAGCGCCCAAGCCUAAUUGUAGGUGAUGUGUAACUUAAUUAUUGCAAUUUUAAAUGUUAUUCUUGUCUUCUAGCUUUAUUAAAACCUAAUAUUUAGAUAAGUAUUUAAGUGCUAACCCUUCGCUUUGCCAUAAACUGCAUAUUUGAUAAAAGGUAAAAAAAAAAUAAAAAAAAAACUCAGUCAUUUCCAUAAAAUUAGGAGAAGUCACAAAGUAUCAAGCUGAUAAAAUAAUGUUAAGAAAGUUUUUUAGGGUGAAAGGAAGAACUGGCAACUUGUUCUGUUACCUCUAAAAAGUGGCAAAAACAAAGUCCUCCGGUGUGACUGUAUUAUUGCCUUUACGCUCAUAAAAUUCAGUUUCUGAAGUUAUUUACUUUUGGAAACUGCGUGUAUCACAGUGGCGUAUGAUUCAACACAGUCUCCAGAAAGUUGUACUUUCCACAAAAUAACCAGAAGUCUCAAACAGAAUGUUCUCUCAUCCCCAGCAGUCAAACAGCAGCACCAUUAAAAUGGAUGGUGAGCUCAGAGCCAAACAGUAUAAAGGAGAAAGCCAUUUCCAAAUCCCACUUUUAUUAUACUGCCACCUGUCUUACACCUCUAAACGUAUUGCGUUGUGUUGGCACCAACACUGUCAGCAACGACCUUCAACAAUCCUGAGCUCAUGAAUACAGCAUGGCAGCAUUGCAGAUGCUACCAGUCAAGACUUUUCCUUUCAGACUAACUCCACUCUGUGUACCUGCUCUCCUUGUGUUCAGCCUCCGCUCUGUCUUUCAUCAGUGUUUCAUUCCCUGGCGAAGCCAACUGGUUGGUGCAGGUGUGGAUAAUUACUGGUUGAUUACUGAGGUUUAAUUCAAGGAGACAGGCACAGCCAACACUGCCCACAACUUUGCCACUGAAUAAAGGCUCUUAAAAUUGACUUUUCAGUUAUGUAAAUGACAUUUUUAUUCAGUUUAUUAGAUUUCUCUCUUGUUAGCGUUCAAUCUGUGGGGUUUUGGAACGCUUUCUGAUCACUAUUUCCAAGUUUUCUGCAAAUGUAUUCAAUUUUAAGCACACACAGUUUGUCACAGCCAUGUUAAACAUUAUGCCUGUUAAACACAACCCAAUCGCCAGUAAAAAUAUCGACAUUGUACAUUUCUGCACACCAGGGAUAUGUUACAUUUGCAUGUUAUUGAGCAGCAGAUACUUUAAAACUUUGAGUUUCACCAGUGCUGUGGUUAAGGUGUGGUUAGGUUUAGGCACAAAAACACUUGGUUAUGGUUAAGACAAGAUCAUGUUUUGCUUAAAAUACCUGGUUUUGGGGGCACAAUCCUGGCAGGAAUAGAAGGGAUGUCUCUGUAAAUAACAUCUGCUUUUCUUUCCACUAUCCUGGCUUUUCAGGCGCUAUCCCUGCUUGAAAAACAGCGAUGUUUCAGUAAAAAGCAACCACUAUUCGUGCCACUAUCCCCACUUAAAAAGCAGCAAUGUCUCUGUAAAAAACAACCACAUUAAUGCCACUAUCCCAGCAGGAAAUGCAGCGUUGAUUAAGUAAAAAAAACAACCACUUUUCAUUUCACUAUCCAGGUCGAAAACACAACAGUCUCUCUGGAAAAACAGCGUUGGUUGGCCGCAAAACAUCCACGUUAGUUGCCUAAAAAGCCGCUGGAAACACAGCAGUACCUCCCUAAAUAACAACUGGUUUUGUUGUCUGUUGGUCUCAAACAGGGGUCUGCAGCUGGGCAGGUGUCUCGUCUAGGCAAUACGCCAUCCACCAUCCCCCCUAAAGUCAGCUCAUACACCACAUCACUUUAGAAACACUGAUAUGAUACAUAUGAAACAUACAAAUGUAAUCGUGGUUUUCAGAACCAUACAUUUCUUCUGCAAGACAUCAGCAUGCAGCCAUUACCACUGUUAGCAUGCUGACAUUAGCCUUUCACAGAGCUGUUAGCACAACUGUAGACAGCUGGAUAUAGUGAGGAAGAAGAUUCAUCUCCAUCUUCACUCAGAUAUUUAUUCAAGGGAUGGGUGUGUCCACCCCAAAUUUAUCAUUGUCACCUACAGCCUCUUGUCUCUGUUUGCUUUCUAAAUAACUGAAAGCUUUAUUGGCUGAAGAGGUCACACCUGUUUGCCAAGGGAUUAACAAGAUAUUCUUCUGAGCCUAGUGAUAUUGUUUGUCCUUGUCAUACUCUCAGCCCGUUCCUUAUUCCGCGACACUAGUUUUCCUUGAUGGAUAUGGCUUUCUUAAGAUGAGCGUCAAUGACUCACUGAAUUGGAAAGGUGCCUGCUUUGCUGUAGUUUGUGCCAUAUUAAAUUAAGGCUACACUGUGCUUUAUGUCUUGGAGAACUUUAGGUGUGUUUGUGUGUGGGUUAAAAUCAGGCUGUAGUAAUCUCAUCCUGGAGGGAUUGCAGUUGAUGUUUUAUUCUGCUGAAUCAUAUUAUGACGGCUGAGUCAGCCCAGAAGUCUUCUGGGUCACCUUUGUCAUUUGUCCAGUCAGUGUGUGAGUGUGUGAGUGUGUGUGUGAGUGUGCGAGUCUCGCCCUGCGCAGACAGACCUCGCCUCCCCUUACUCACCCUUUCAAUUGUUUUAAGCAUCUGGUGAAAACCAAUGUGACUUCUCCCAAUCAGGGUUCAAGUAAGCAUUAUUUGAAUGGUAACAAACACGAAUAUGAAAAACAAUAAUGAGUAAUAAUAUGUUUUUUUCUUUCUGUUCACAUUUGACUGUUGGUCAGUGUGUAUGUAUGUGUGUGCUUGGUGUUCUUGUGUUUGGUUUCUUUCUUUAUAAAAACGUGAUAAGAAAAUCCUUCUGUUUUUGAAAACUUUAUGUAAAUAUCGUUGGUGAAAAUUAACAUUUGUUGUACGCCGAGUUUUCAUUUGUCACUUGAACUGAUGAAGAAAACAAUGAUAUUGAUGAAUAACAGUGGUGAUGUUGAUGAUGCUGAAGCUGAUUAUACCUGCCCUUCUUGAAUAAGGGCUUUUGAUGUCCGCUGUAUUUUUGUUGGAGGUGUCGUGAGGUCGGGGCAAGAGAAACAAAAGGAUGGAGUGAUACCCGACACAUCCCAGGCCCGCUGUAGCAACACUGCCACAUACCUUUUUACCCCCUUUCUCAUUUUCAGGAAACAGAAACUGUAGUCUGUGUUAUUUACACCGAAAAAACAUCUUUGUAUUUUUAUUACAAACAUCAAAAAUGGAGCGCUCCUUGGCUGCGUGAGGAGACUGUUCACCUCCCUGUGGAGUCAGUCUGCCCCGGUCGCUUGGCAUCACAUCUCGCCCUGUCUGCUUAUAGGCUUGGGGAUUUACUGUAAUGCCAUUGUGUUAGACAGGAUUGGCCCUGUACUGACACUGAUGAUGCCUUCCUCAUUGAAUUUGGAGUCAUUAUUGCUCUGCUGGAGGCCAUACAUGGGAAUGGGCAUGUAUGGGAGAGGGAAUAGACUCCAAGUGGAAGGACGUACAUCAGCCGUCUGACCCUGUAAAGACAAUUUGCAUGCUUGUGAUUCAGCCUCUUAUUUUGGGGUUAGACUUAUGAUUAAGCACAACUGACUGCCGUGAACUCGCCACAUAAUAUGCUCGUCUCCUGCUUAGUCAGAUAUUUGUAAGAACGCUCAAACUCCAGCAAGAGAAACCUCGGAUUAGCGCUAUAAACUGCCAUACGGCAGACAUAGUGGAAAUAAGGGUCUUUAAUAAUUAAAAAUAAAUGAGGGAGAUUGAUCUUUCCAAAUGUCCAAAAUGUGCCCUGUGCCUUCUCUAUGCCCACUGCUGCAUCUAAAAAAAUGAAAAAUGCCCAGGGCUGUCAUCCAGUUAUUUUCACUGCAGGUGUCUGUACGCCUACUUCCCUAUUUUCCAUAUGCCACAGCCUUAUGAAUCUGGCAGGGCCUGUGUACAGUGCAGGGACGGAGCUUAUCAGUUUGGUAUUACUUUUAGGACUGUCUCCGCCACAGAUGUGAUAUGGUACAGCAGAUACUCCCAGCAGCUGUCUGCAGGAAGGACAGGGGAUACAGUCCUGCCUUCAUUUGUAAUACCAUCCUUUAGAGGGAGUCCCACGGGGAGUUGGAAAAAACACACACACACACACACACACACA